UUCGCGAGAUGUGGCCUCCGGCGUUCUCGGACUCAGAUUGAUUUCUUCAUCAAAUUCUUGAAUGGGAACAGUUCUCUACUACUCCUUGGGCAUCUCUCGAAUUGUUUGUUUCAGAGUCGCCGGGGGCUGUUCGUCGUCUUUGAUCGGCGUUUCCAGAACAGCAGCUCUAGAUCAACUGGACAAGGAGCUUUCUUCUGGAAACGAAAGAGCAGCUCUCUCUCUCGUCAGAGAUUUGCAAGGAAACCCUAAUGGGCUGCGAUGCUUCGGCGCUGCACGACAGGUUCCUCAAAGGCUGUACACAUUGGACGAGCUGAAGCUGAAUGGGGUUGAGACGGCUUCUUUGUUGUCGCCUGUGGAUGGGACACUGGGUUCUGUAGAGAGGAAUCUGCAGAUUGCUGGUGUUGUUGGUGGACUUGCAGCUUCGAAUGCAUUUGGGUUUAGUCCUCAGCAGAUUUUCUACUUCUCCUUGGGGCUGUUGUUCUUAUGGACAUUGGAUGCUGUAUCAUUUAAUGGAGGACUAGGCAGCUUAGUUCUUGAUACAUUUGGGCACAACCUCAGUCAGAAGUAUCACAAUAGGGUCAUCCAACAUGAAGCUGGACAUUUCCUGGUUGCAUACUUAGUAGGUGUUCUUCCGAAGGGAUACACCUUAUCCAGCUGGGAAGCUUUGCAGAAGGAAGGAUCGCUCAAUGUCCAGGCUGGGACAGCCUUUGUGGAUUUUGAGUUCCUCGAAGAAGUGAAUUCGGGCAAAGUCUCUGCCACGACUCUGAACAGAUUUGCAUGUAUAGCACUAGCUGGUGUAGCAACUGAGUACAUCUUGUAUGGUUAUGCCGAGGGAGGACUUGCUGACAUAAACAAGCUGGAUAUGUUGCUCCAAGGGCUUGGUUUCACACAGAAGAAGGCGGACUCCCAGGUCAGAUGGUCGGUUCUGAACACCGUCCUGUUAUUGCGCCGCUAUGAACGAGCUCGUGCUAACCUUGCAGAUGCGAUGUCAAUGGGAAAAUCGGUAGGCUAUUGCAUUGGUGUUAUAGAGGAUAGCGUUGAUUUCACAGAUAUCUAGUUGCUGUUACAAUAGCCGUUGUAAUUAUCUUUUCUUCGUGUUACUUUCAUUCGUGUAAAGGAUCAAAUGCCCAUAGGUAUGAUACGUUCCAAUGUAGUUACACUAUCUAGGACUUCAACAUUUGGAUCUAUAUACAUGAAAAGAAAGGAAUGUUUGAUCA